GCAGUUCCGGUCUGUAUUUCCGGCACAACAAAAAUGGCGUCCUCCACUAAAGAAGGAAGCGUGAGUGAAACGCAGUCGGGGAAGAAGUCGAAAAAGAAUACAAACCAAGUGGAUGAAUCUCAACUCUUCACUGUUCCCGAUGGAUGGAAGGAGCCAGCAUUCACAAAAGAUGACAACCCCAAAGGUCUACUGGAGGAGAGCAGUUUCGCCACUCUCUUUCCCAAGUACAGAGAGGCAUACCUGAAAGAAUGCUGGCCACUGGUGCAAAAAGCAUUAGGCGAUUCACACAUCAAGGCCACCCUGGAUUUGAUCGAGGGCAGCAUCACGGUUUGCACCACCAAAAAGACCUUUGACCCAUAUGCCGUUGUAAGGGCACGGGACCUCAUCAAGCUGUUGGCCAGAAGUGUGCCAUUUGAGCAGGCCGUGCGUAUUUUGGAGGAUGACAUGGCGUGUGACAUCAUCAAAAUUGGCACGCUGGUCAGAACCAGAGAACGGUUUGUGAAGAGGAGGCAGAGACUCAUCGGACCUAAAGGAUCUACACUCAAGGCGUUGGAGCUGCUCACUAAUUGCUACGUCAUGGUGCAGGGGAACACUGUGUCAGCCCUGGGACCCUUCAACGGCCUCAAAGAGGUACGGAAAGUGGUGUUGGAUACCAUGAAGAACAUCCACCCCAUCUACAACAUCAAGACGCUCAUGAUCAAGCGCGAGCUGUCCAAGGACCCCGAGCUGCGGCUGCAGAGCUGGGAGCGAUUCCUGCCCAAUUUCCGACACAAGAACCUGACCAAGCGCAAGGAGCCUAAGAAAAAGACGACAAAGAAGGAGUACACGCCUUUCCCCCCGCAGCAGCCUGAGAGCCAGAUUGACAAGGAACUUGCAACGGGAGAGUUCUUCCUUCGAGAGAGCGUUAAGAAGAGGAAGAAGAUGGAAGAGAUAAAGGUGAAACAAGCCGAGGCGUUGACUAAGAGGCAAGAGGAGCGAAACAGAGCCUUUAUUCCUCCUAAGGAGAAACCUGUUAUGAAGAAGACUAACAAAGCUCCCUCAGAUGCCAAAAUCAACAUUGAGGCCAUCAAGGCUAAGGUAAGGAAAGCCAAGACCAAGAAGCUAGGAGCCCCCUCUGUUAACCCUGCCCCGCAGACCACACCUGCCUAUGACAAGAAGAAAAAGAACAAGGCCUAACCUUGGAAAAGCUUGGACAAUGGACAAUAUUCACUAUUGCAACAUUGAAACAAGAUCACUGGCGUGAAGGACGUCAGGUUUGUCAGAACAUGGGUUUGUCUAAAGAUGUAUUUGGGAUAUUAAUAGAAUAUCCCCAAUUCCACAGAGAUGAAUCUUCCUCAUAGUUUUGAUGAAAUGAAUAUGGAAUGCCUCUGUCCUCAGUAGAGGAGACAGUAUACAGUAAAGGUGUCUCCCUAUAUGUGACACCCAAUGCCUCUGAGUGUUACCUAGUUUUCCUGUGACCGAGGCCCAUUCUUCAAUAGUUUACCAACUGUUUGUAAGACGUGCACAGAACGUGGUUCACCUGGUUUAUCCCGACGCCACAGAUUCCUCCUCUUGUCCUAAUCCUUAGAACAACUUGUACUGCUUUCAACCAACACCUGUCAAUCUUAAAGUAGUGUUUACUGUAAAUAUUAUGAAGCCUGCAAGUAUUACAUUUACAUUUAAGUCAUUUAGCAGACGCUCUUAUCCAGAGCGACUUACAAAUUGGUGCCAAGUAUAAUGGCUUAUGAUGCAGUUAAUGCAUUGGAAGACUAGUAAUGUUUCAUAAUGAUGCUGACUUAAGUCUGUUAAUGUAUACUUAUAAAAAAUAGCAUGCAUACUAUUAAAAGCUUUUUUUAUAGUCCUUAUUAUAAAUGAUUAACAAGGUAUAAAGCUAUAUACCUGCAGGCUUUGAGAAAAGGCAUGAAAGUUUUAGUUCAUGAUUAAAUGAACAUGGUUGUCGUGUGCCGCUACAGGCGUCAAGUGUAGCAGAAAUGGCACUAGAGGACUGCUGAACAGUGAAAUAGCAUUGUGAUGUUUAGGAGAACUGUGUGUUGGGCCGUGUUCUGUCAUUUGGUGUUGCUACUUCUAAAGACUCAAUAAAACAAGUAUAUGAUAAUCUCU